GAGCCGAGCCCCUCGGGGUCUGUAGGACCCCGCCAGGGGCUGGCCGGGCGCCAUGUCGGGCAGGGACCCCGAGCAGCCUCCGCAAGAUGAGGAGAGCAGCGACCGCGAGUCCCAGAGCCGGUGCGCCUCGCGCUGCUUCCCCAUCCAGCCGUUCCUGUACUGCCCCGGGCCGGUCAAGCUGGUGCUUCCAGGCACCUGGCAGAAGAUACAGGACGGGACGCACCUGACGCUGGUUUUCGGCGUCCUGUCCUGUUUUGGCCUUAUCGUGCAGACGAUCGUCGCGCUGUCGCACGGCAGCACCCAGACCUACUUCGCUAGAGAAGUGUUUGUGGAUCUCUGGGGGGGGCGUGCCCUGCCUCCUCUCGUGGAUGCCUGCCCCCUCGCCUCGUGCCCCCGCUGCCACCCGUGCUCCCGGUCGUGCUCGUGGUCCCACCCGCGGUGCUGCUGGCAGUCGCCGUCAGCGCCAGAGGCUUCACGCUCGACGUGAUGCGCCUCCGCAUCUUGACCCCCCCACUCCGCCUGGAG